AUGGUAUUUUCAUGGGGCAAUGCAAUAAAGGAAUUAACUGAUCUUAUACUUUCUGGUCUUUUUUCAUCAGCAGUUAUUCAUCAUAUGAAUAAUUUUACUAUACAGGAUUUUUUUAAAAAUUGGCAUAAUAACAAUUUUGAAACUAAAAUUGAUCGUUCAUCACGUGCUAUUGCUGAAAUCCUAACUUCACAUUCAAAUAAAUCACUUCAAAAAUCCAAUAAUGCAUGGUCACUUCAGAUGGCAAUAGCUUAUUUAUUUAAAGAAUUUCAUGAUAAAAGUCAACGAAAUAAAAACUGA